UUAACUUUAAUGGAAAGAUGGGGACUGGGGAGUAUAUAUUCUCAACUGAAGCAGUGGAUUCACUCUAACACCACCUCCUCUUUCUAACUAGCGGUGUGCCGGUGCCACCAUCCUCCGCCAUUAAAGCCUCAGUACUGUCCUUUUUCUAACUCCCUACUCUUAAAACCCACCUCAAUUUCCCAUUCAACUUCAACGAUUUCAAUUAACCAUUUCAUCUUCAGCCUACCCCCUGCUUCAACGUUCAAGCACCAAUAUGGGUCUGUCACCAUACUCAAACCCUUCCGAUGCCGGAAUCCUAUGUGUAAUUCUGGUGAAAACCGCCAUGUCGAUAUCUUUCAUGAAGGAGAUCCUUCGUUCCAUCCUUAAUCUCGUCGGAAUCCAUUUCCCGGGGUGGGAGGAUGUUUCCGAUCAAAACUUCACAGAGUCACCGGAAUGCCGUGGAACACCAUCAACGAGUUACAUGGAGGAGUUCAGAAGCCGGACACCAACACUCCGGUACGACUCCCUCCUCUCUUCUCCCCUCACCAAACAAGAAUGUUCCGUUUGCUUGAUUGAAUUCAAACCAGACGCAGAGAUAAACCACCUCUCCUGUGGACACGUUUUCCAUAAAUCAUGCCUCGAGAAAUGGUUAAAAUACUGGAACACCACUUGUCCUCUGUGUCGAAACCACAUGAUGGCGCCUUUAGAAUCCGAAGAAAACACCUGUCCGAUGUGAUCGUGAUAUCGUGAUCGAGUUUAGAUUUGUUAGGAGUAUAGUCAGUUUUGAGUUUUGUACAUAUUAACUCCAUGGUUUCCGGUGUCAUAUGCAUCUGAGAAACGGAAAAGCUUUGUUCCAGUUUGAAUUAUAUAUAAUAAUAAUUAUAUAUUUGAAUGAAA